GUGCGACUGAAAACUCUUCUACUUUUUAAUUACAGAAGGCCUUACGACCGGACAUGGGCUAUAACACGUUGGCCAACUUUCGAAUAGAGAAGAAAAUUGGUCGCGGGCAAUUUAGUGAAGUGUAUAGAGCAGCCUGUCUCCUGGAUGGAGUACCAGUAGCUUUAAAAAAGGUGCAGAUAUUUGACUUGAUGGAUGCCAAAGCCCGUGCUGACUGCAUCAAAGAAAUAGACCUGCUCAAGCAACUCAACCAUCCAAAUGUAAUUAAAUAUUAUGCAUCAUUCAUUGAGGACAAUGAACUCAACAUAGUUUUGGAAUUAGCCGAUGCUGGUGAUCUGUCCAGAAUGAUAAAGCAUUUUAAGAAGCAGAAGAGGCUGAUUCCGGAAAGGACCGUGUGGAAGUACUUUGUCCAGCUGUGCAGCGCCCUGGAGCACAUGCACUCCCGCCGGGUCAUGCACCGAGAUAUCAAACCAGCCAACGUGUUCAUCACGGCCACGGGGGUGGUCAAGCUUGGGGACCUGGGCCUCGGCCGCUUCUUCAGCUCCAAAACCACAGCUGCGCACUCUCUAGUGGGCACGCCUUACUACAUGUCCCCCGAGAGGAUACACGAGAACGGCUACAACUUCAAGUCCGACAUCUGGUCCCUGGGCUGCCUCCUCUACGAGAUGGCCGCCCUGCAGAGCCCCUUCUACGGCGACAAGAUGAACCUCUACUCGCUGUGCAAGAAGAUUGAGCAGUGCGACUACCCCCCGCUCCCUUCAGACCACUACUCGGAGGAACUACGGCAGCUGGUGAACAUGUGCAUCAACCCGGACCCCGAGAAGCGGCCGGACGUCACCUACGUGUACGACGUGGCCAAGAGGAUGCACGCGGGCACCGCCAGCAGCUGAGCCCGCGGGCACGACCGCGCCCGGUGUCUCCCUGCGGCCGCACCUCGAGCCUGUCCGGGCCUGCGAGGCGCCCCUCGGCUCACCUGCUCUGAACCCUUAACCAGUCUUCAUAUAAGCUUCAUUUUGUACCAGUUUUAGUCGCCUUCUUGCAAAACCCAGAUGACUUUGGAUUAAUCCGAUUGCAUGUUAGGGGAGUAAAUGGGACACGAUGGUUUUUAACGGCUAAA